AUGAACAUGUUACUAUACAACAUCCUGUAUCUCAUCCUUCAUGUGGCGUCAAGCAGCCAACAUGGGACGGAGACCAUUGAGACUCUCAUGCCAAAUGUGCUCGUGGUGAAGGUGGAUCUGAGGGUCUUCACUGAGACGCAGGUCCCUCUUCUCUGUGGGGACUCCUAUCAGGACACAGAGGUGAUCUGGAUGAAGGGCAGUGAGCGUGUAGGACAAGGGAACCAGAUCAAGGUGAAAGUGGUGGAGAUGAUUGGAGGGAACUACAGCUGUCACAACGCUGCUGGAGACUACCUCAACCACACCCUGGUGCUGGUGCAGGACAUCCAAUCACCCAACAGACGGAGACGCGUCCUGGAGAAGUCACAUGACACAGAUGAGGAUGAGUACAUAAGAUGUUUGGCAAAAAAUUACAAUGGAACAUUUCAUUGCUAUUGGAAGAAGACUGAGCAUCGGAUGUCAGCAGUUGUUGUUCUGGUCCAAGUAGGACAGCUCUCUGGCAGCAACUUCUCCUGCUCUGUACACGGUGAUGGUGCAGGUUUGACCUGUGACGAUCUGGACAGCUGUUCCUUUGCUGAGGAGGUGUCCCGUAUCGACCUGACCGUCUACUUCAGGACCAACUACCUCCUAGAGGACUACACCGUUACACCCUUCUACAUACGAGAAAUAGUGAAGACAGACAAGAUCCACAUCACCAAGGUGGAGGGGAACACCUUUGAGUGGGGGUACCCUGCGACGUGGAGCCUCCCCCAUUCUUACUACCCCCUCACAUUCCAGGUCAAAGUGGUCCACCUCGGGGCAAGCUGUGACUCUGAAAAACAGGUGUUUCUGAUGGAAACCAAAGAAACAAAGUUUACCCUCAAUCACAGCCCCAAGAAGUAUCGUUUCUGCCUCCGGGCGAAGGAUGAACUGGUUGACUGCCCCUGGUGUCAGUGGACCCAUCAUGAGGUGAAGCAUAAACACAAGAGAAAUCGACAGUAAAAAGGAAAGCAAAACCCAGAUGAAGACAGACAACAUGACAUCACGCAGCUUCAACCAUCACAACCAAAUAUGGAAUUGUCUUGGCACUGAAAAGAUAUAUAUAUUUUUUUAAACAUUAUACUUUAGAGAAUAAGUUAUGCAAUGUCGUAUACUAUGAUUGUUGUAAUUUGAAUGUAAGGCAAGUAUAUAUUUAUUAAUUUAUAAUAGUUCUGAAAUGUAACCACACCAUGAUUUAUGUUAUUUAUCUCUUACGUUUUUUCAUUACUGUUGCAUGAAGAUUUGUCUAAAUGAUGAAAUAGACGCAAAAAUAAAAGGUCCUGC